ACGGUGUUUUCACGGCCUCACCAAAAUCCAGGGGUGAUUACCUGAUUUCUUCGGAACGCCAAACUCCGUCGUUCUUUUCCGCGCCGCACUUCAUCAUCCCUACUUCUUUAACCCUCUCUUCAUCCUUCUUCUCAGUCAAUUUAGGUAUGAAUCGGGCGGUUGUUGCAGCCGGCAAGAGGAAGAGAGCUAGUGAACCACCUCUAACAAGAGAUGAGCAGCAGAUCCUUGAUUUGAUCCUCAGCAAAGAGGGCUCUGGCAUUCAGCCGAGGGAGAUCAAAUAUCAGCUUAAGAUCCCUGACCCUGUCAUAACCAAAGCAAACAAAACCCUCUUGGCUAAAAAUUUGAUUAAAGAGGUAAAAGGCAUUCAACGAGGGGGCGCAGCAAGGAAAAUCUUCAUGGGAUUCAACUUCACCCCCUCUGACGUAGUUAGUGGGGGCAUCUGGUACGAGGAUGGGAAGAUCGACACUGAAUUUGUUAACGGUCUUAAAAUGCUCUGCCUUUCGAAGGUGAGGAAGAGCAAGGUUACUACCCUGGAGGGGCUCUACAAGUUCGUGAAUGAGGCCAAGGUGGCAAAAGUUGAAAUCCCUAAGCCACAGCUCGAUGAGUUGCUGACUUCAAUGGUACUAGAGAAGGAACUAGUGGAGGUGAAGAGCACUGGUAUGGGAGCUUUUUGUGGGAUUCGCAUUGGAGAAACGUGUUACAAGCUUCCAACUGCAGGACGAGGGGUGGCAAAGGGUUCGAUUACAGGGGCAUUUGCUUCAAUUCCUUGUGGUGCGUGUCCCAGGAUUGAUCUCUGCACACCCGAUGGGGUCAUCUCCCCCUCUACUUGUGUCUAUUUCAAUCAGUGGUUAGACAUCAAACUCUAGACACCCAAUUUAUUGUCAUUCAUUAGACCUUUUGUUGGUAUAGAUGCUUCCUCGAUUUGAGACACAUUUAAGGCUAAACUAAAGUAGUAAAGCUAGCAACCAAAUAUGGAUCAUAGAGAAACUCGGCUUGUUUUUCUUUUACAACAAGAAUUCAGCUUGUUAGUUGUCUCA